ACCAGUUAUGCUCCUCAGUAAGUUAAUGAUUGAUGGUUUUACUGACAGCUCUUCCUCAGGUCCAGCUCGUUUCCUGAUUUGAUCCGAGCAGCGUGGAUACUCUCCUAAAGAUCUCUUUACUAUGUUUGUUUGGUUUGUUGUCCUGUCUGUUUCCUAACUCUGAAAAGUGGUUUUGUUCUCCUUCAAAGUAAAAGUGUUCCCUUAGCUUUUCUUACGGUUAGGGGUUAGGAGUUGUCUGUAUUUUGAUACGUUGGGAGUGACAUGAUUUCACCGCAGGCGAUACAAUUGUACUUUGUAGACUAGAAGUCACUUUAGUUCCACUGUUUUAACCUCCAACAUCGUGACACCUGGUGGUUCAUAGCUUUAUAGGGACCUCAUCAAACCUUUGCUCCGUCUUAUCUUAUCACUUGAUAAGGUUCUGCGUGUGUGUUCUGGUGAAGCCCUGCCCUGGCCUCAUCAUAAAGGCUUUACACGUAGUGAGCUGUGUUCAAAGUCUCCUUCCUCAUUCGAUCUGUCUUCACUGAGGAGCCCAGCAGCUCAGUCUUUACUCAGAACCUUUAGAACCGUGUUCACGUUCUGGCUCCGUUCUGAACACUUACUUUGUGUUUUGUGAACAACUGAAUCUCUUCCUUCAACGGAUCUUACUUUCCUUCCUUUUGUGCUUUUAUAUUUUCCUAUGACAUGGGGCAGCACACGUUUUCAUCACGGAGAAGCUAAGGUCUCCAGUCUACUAUGGAUGAGGAGAGAGAGGAGGGGGGUCCUACCUCUAAGACCACUCUGUCUGGGGAACAUGGCCGCCGGAGCAAAGCUAAGAGCCCAGAGCAGCAGCAGAGAGCAGACUCCCCUGGACCCAGCUGUGUCUCCAGGAAGAGUGACUGGUUUAUGGAAAGAAUGAACUGUUUUGAACCAAAAGGAGUCCAGCAGCAGAGAGCAGACUCCCCUGGACCCAGCUGUGUCUCCAUGAAGAGUGACCGGUUUAUGGAAAGAAUUAACUGUUUUGAACCAAAAAGAGUCCAGCAGCAGAGAGCAGACUCCCCUGGACCCAGCUGUGUCUCCAUGAAGAGUGACCGGUCUAUGGGUAGACUUUGGAACUUUGAAGAUGGAAAUCAGUCUAUUGAGGAGAGAAGAGUCCAGCAGCAGAGAGCAGACUCCCCUGGACCCAGCUGUGUCUCCAUGAAGAGUGACCACUCUAUGAAUCGACCUCCUCUCUUUAAAGAUGGACGCCCCUCCAGAGAGGAGAGCCCAGAGCAGCAGCAGAGAGCAGACUCCCCUGGACCCAGCUGUGUCUCCAUGAAGAGUGACCACUCUAUGGUUCUACCUGUUAGGUUUAAAGACGGAAAUCAACCUAUUGAGAAGAGCCCAGAGCAGCAGAUGAGAGCAGACUCCCCUGGACCCAGCUGUGUCACCAUGAAGAGUGGCCACUCUCAACCUCCUGACCUGAAAGAUGGACGCCCCUCCAUAGAGGAGAGCCCAGAGCAGCAGGAGAGAGCAGACUCCCCUGGACCCAGCUGUGUCUCCAUGAAGAGUGACCGGUCUAUGCAUAAACCUCCUGAGCUUAAAGAUGGACGCCCCUCCAGAGAGGAGAGAAGGAGGCAGGAGAGAGCAGACUCCCCUGGACACAGCUGUGUCUCCAUGAAGAGUGACUGGUCUAUGGAUAUCCCUGUUACCUUUAAAGAUGGACGCCCCUCCAGAGAGGAGAGCCCAGAGCAGCAGCAGAGAGCAGACUCCCCUGGACCCAGCUGUGUCUCCAUGAAGAGUGACCAGUCUAUGAAUAGACCUCCUGACCUUAAAGAUGGACGCCCCUCCAGAGAGGAGAGAAGGAGGCAGCAGAGAGCAGACUCCCCUGGACCCAGCUGUGUCUCCAUGAAGAGUGACCGGUCUAUGCAUAUACCUCCUGACCUUAAAGAUGGACGCCCCUCCAGAGAGGAGAGCCCAGAGCAGCAGCAGAGAGCAGACUCCCCUGGACCCAGCUGUGUCUCCAUGAAGAGUGACCGGUCUAUGGAUAUACCUCCUGAGCUUAAAGAUGGACGCCCCUCCAGAGAGGAGAGAAGGUGGCAGCAGAGAGCAGACUCCCCUGGACCCAGCUGUGUCUCCAUGAAGAGUGACUGGUCUAUGGAUAAACCUCCUGUCUUUAAAGAUGGACGCCCCUCCAGAGAGGAGAGAGUCCGGCAGCAGAGAGCAGACUCCCCUGGACCCAGCUGUGUCUCCAUGAAGAGUGACCACUCUAUGAAUCCACCUGUUAAGUUUGAAGAUGGAAAUCAGUCAAUCGAGAAAAGAAGAGUCCAGCAGCAGAGAGCAGACUCCCCUGGACCCAGCUGUGUCUCCAUGAAGAGUGACCACUCUAUGGAUCCACCUGUUAAGUUUGAAGUUGGAAAUCAUCAACCUUCAAAGAAAAGAAGGAGGCAGGAGAGAGCAGACUCCCCUGGACCCAACUGUGUCUCCAUGAAGAGUGACUGGUCUAUGGAUAUACCUGAUAACUUUAAAGAUGGACGCCCCUCCAGAGAGGAGAGAAGGUGGCAGCAGAGAGCAGACUCCCCUGGACCCAGCUGUGUCUCCAUGAAGAGUGACUGGUCUAUGAAUAAACCUCCUGUCUUUAAAGAUGGACGCCCCUCCAGAGAGGAGAGAAGGAGGCAGGAGAGAGCAGACUCCCCUGGACCCAGCUGUGUCUCCAUGAAGAGUGACGGGUCUAUGGAUAUACCUCCUGACCUUAAAGAUGGACGCCCCUCCAGAGAGGAGAGAAGGAGGCAGCAGAGAGCAGACUCCCCUGGACCCAGCUGUGUCUCCAUGAAGAGUGACCGCUCUAUGGGUAUACCUGCUAACUUUAAAGAUGGACGCCCCUCCAGAGAGGACAGACACCAGGAGAGGUCAAAGGUCACCAGUGCUCAGUCUGUACAGCAGCAUCAAACAGAGCUGAUCAAGAGGGCUGAGGAGAACGCACACGCUUUCCUAGACAAGGAGAUGAAGAAGCUCUGGAGGGAUCUCUUCACAGAUUACCCACAAUGCUCAGAGAGUCAGAGGGAGGAGGAGGAGUUGGAUGCUAAGAACGAGGAGCAGAGGAGGCGCGCCAUACAGGGAGUGGUGGACAUCACAAAGCUCUGCCUGAUGGAGAUGAACCAGGAGGAACUGGCCGACACACUGUGGGGCAGAUCUGCUACUGUUGAGUGCCAACAUAAUAUCAAGUCUCAUUUGAAGAAGAAGUUCAAGUGUGUGUCUGAGGGAAUCGCUAAAGCAGGAAAUCAAACGGGUCUGAAUGACUUCUACACAGAGCUCUUUAUCACAGAGAGAGGCAGUGGAGAGGUCAACAAAGAACAUGAGGUCAGACUGAUUGAAACAGCUUCCAGGAAACCAGCCAUGGAAGAAACACCAAUCAAAUGUGAAGACAUCUUUAAACCCUUACCUGGACGAGAUCAACCAAUAAGAACAAUAAUGACAACUGGAGUGGCCGGCAUUGGUAAAACCAUCGUAACGCAAAAGUUCACUCUGGACUGGGCUGAAGGCAAAGCCAACCACGACAUACACUUCACAUUUCUGUUAACUUUCAGAGAGCUGAAUUUACUGAAAGAGAAAGAGUAUAGCUUGGUGGAACUUCUUCAUCACUUCUUUAUUGAGACCAAAGAAGCAGGAAUCUGUAGAUAUGAACGGUUCAAAGUUCUCUUCAUCUUGGAUGGUCUGGAUGAGUGUCGAUUUCCUCUGGACUUCCAGAGAAACCCGACCUGGACUGAUGUCAAAGAGCCGUCCUCGGUGGACGUGCUGCUGACAAACCUCAUCAGGGGCGACCUGCUACCCUCCGCUCGCAUCUGGAUAACUACACGCCCUGCGGCAGCCAAUCGGAUCCCUGCUGAGUGUGUUGACAUGGUGACAGAGGUGAGGGGGUUCACUGACCCACAGAAGGAGGAGUACUUCAGGAAGAGAUUCAGAGAGGAGACGCUGGCCAACACAAUCAUCUCCCACGUCAAGAAAUCACGAAGCCUCCACAUCAUGUGUCGCAUCCCAGUCUUCUGUUGGAUCACUGCUACAGUUCUGGAGGACAUCUUAAAUAAAUCCCAGAUAGAAGAGAUGCCCAAGACCGUGACUCAGAUGUACAGCCACUUCCUGAGGGUUCAGUCCAUACAGGGGGACAGGAAGUACCAUGGGAGAUCUGAAACAGAUCCACACUGGAGUUCAGAGAGCAGAGAGAUCAUCGUUUCUUUGGGAAAACUGGCUUUUAACCAGCUGGAGAAAGGCAACCUGAUCUUCUACGAGGCAGAUCUGGCAGACUGUGGCAUCGACAUCAAAGCAGCCUCAGUGUACUCAGGCGUGUUCACCCAGAUCUUUAAAGAGGAGUGCGGGAUGUACCAGGACAAGGUGUUCUGCUUUGUCCAUCUGAGCCUCCAGGAGUUUCUGGCUGCCCUUUAUGUCUUUUUGACCUUCAUCAACGAUGGUGUCAAUCUGCUCUCAGAAGAACCACCCACCUCUGGGGAAGAUAAACUCCUCCUCCUCUACCAGAGUGCUGUGGACAAGGCCUUACAGAGUGAGAACGGACAACUGGACUUGUUCCUCCGCUUCCUCAUGGGCCUCUCUCUGGAGACCAAUCAGAUUGUCCUACGAGGUCUGCUGGGACGGACACGAACUAGAUCACUGACCAAUACAAAAACAGUGUCUUACAUCAAGGAGAAGAUAGAUGGAGAUCUCUCUCCAGAGAGAAGCAUCAACCUGUUCCACUGUCUGAAUGAGCUGAACGACCGUUCUCUAGUGAAGGAGAUCGAACAGUAUCUGACAUCAGGAAGUCUCUCCGGAAAAUCUCUCUCUCUUGCUCAACUGUCAGCUCUGGUCUUCAUCCUACUGACAUCAGAAGAGGAGCUGGACGUGUUUGACCUGAAGAAAUACUCUGCUUCAGAGGAGGGUCUUCUGAGGCUGCUGCCAGUGGUCAAAGCCUCUAAAACAUCUCUGCUCAAUGGCUGUCAUCUGUCAGAGAGAUGCUGUGAAGCUCUGGCCUCAGUUCUCAGCUCCAACUCCUGUUGUCUGAGAGAGCUGGAUCUGAGUACCAAUGAUCUGCAGGAUUCAGGAGUGAAGCUGCUCUCUGCUGGACUGGGGAGUCCACACUGUACACUGGAAACUCUCAGGUCAGUUUCACUCAAUGUGCAAAACAGUUACAAAUAAAUGUUAAAAGUCAGAGUUAUAUAACUAAUCUUAUCUCAGUACCUGUGAUGACCACAUUCAAGACUUUCAUAUCAUAUAAAGGCUACCCCUUGUUGUUCAGGUGGAUAUUGAAAUCCAUCCAUAUGCUUGCAAAUCUUUAAUUAUAAAUAUAAACCCAAAACAUAACGAUAGUGUCCCCUGUAUACAGGAUGUUGAUGGUAGAGAGCAGGGUGAAAUAUAGGGGGUCCUGGGAGGGUCAGAGACCCCUAGUUGGAUGCCUAAGACCUCCUGAAAGCCACAACAGCAACAUUUUCAUAAAAAUGAUUUGAAACCUGCAAUAGUCAAACAAAAUAUAUUUUUAAAAGCUUAAUACGUCCAGUAUUCAUUAUUAAACGCACAAAACAUAUAUUCACACAUAUGAAUAGGUUUCAGAAAGAUAUUUUUAAUAUUAUGUAACCCGGGUGAAGAGACUAACUUAAAAAGCUCUUUAUGUAUACAAUAAGUUAUUGUUGAUAUGUAGGAUACAUCAAUAAUUAUCUUUUCAUUAUUAAUAUAAGUCAACUCACUAUUCUUUUUUUUUUUUACCUUGCUCAGUACAUUUGGUUAUAUUGAUGAUAUUUGGGUUCAGCCAAUAGGAUUGGUUGAUAUCGAGACUUCGGGGUCAUCUGGGGAAGGGUGAGAGGUCACGAGUGAGCGGGAAAAAGGAGAGAGAGGGAAGAGACAAAGGAGGAGAGUACUUUAGUCUCUCUAGAGAUCGCCCAGCUAAAUGAUGUUUAGAUAUUUACUUCUUAGUUGUUUGACAGCUAAAGGAGUACGGGAGAGAGUUUAUGUGGGGCCGGUUUUAUUGGUGUUUCUGUUUGUGUCUGGGAUGUUGUGGAUGGAAACCUCAGUCUUCUCCACUCCCUAUAAUGGUACCGGGACUUUUUAUGAUGGUAUAAUGUGUAUGUUGUGUAACAUUAUUAUUAUGAUUGUCAUGUAGUCAGACAGUAAAGUGCGGUUUAGAGUCGUUUCAUAAAGUUUAAUAACAACCUAUUAAUAAAAUUGUAUGCUUAAGUGAAGUAUAAUGAUAAUUGUUGUUUGAUAAUUUAACAUCUGUGUGAAAUCUUUCUUAAUAUUUUAAGAUCCAGGUUAUUCAUAGUAUUUAUUAUUUCAUGUAUUUAAAAAAACUGUUUAAAAUUCUCCUAUAAUUUAACUACAGUUCCUAACAGGUUGUGUUUAUUUUGUGUGAA